AUGUCUACUCUUCAGAAGCCUCCACAGGCUGCCUUGCUCGAUUACGAAUCUGCUAGGUCCGUACAAGAUGGUGCCUCCUAUUCCAGUUUCGGUCAGGCCCCAUACGUGACGAGCACACCAAUGGUGCCAUCCCCCAUGGCCGACCAUGCGAGUCAAAUAUCCGACUGUGUCCCAUACAUGGGAAAUCAAGAGUAUGCCAGCUCUUACGAAGACAGUCGGUCACCCAUGCUAGGUGGCGAAUCCCGUCAACUACCAGAGGUGAUCUCUUAUUCUCCCCAAAGAGGAUCAGAAGGGACUCGGGUGUUUGUGCAAAUCCAGUCCCCAUAUGACCUUCACACUUCAUCUUAUGCAACUCUUUACCUGGUUUUUGGUUCGAAGAAGUGCGAGUGUGUGCCACAUUUCCUGGGUUUCCAGGGCUCUUUGUUUCAGUAUGCCCUCUCGGUGGAUACCCCUCCAUUCAUCUCGACGGGCUCCCCAUCUUUCGCUGUGCCCUUGCAAGUGGCGAUGAAUGCCCAAAACGAGUGUCCUUCCACUACCCUUCAGGUUGGUGUGUAUACCUAUGAGAACGCUUCCCAUCCCUCGCCAUCGGAUGAGUCUCGAAAGAGGAUCGUGUCAUACUCGGAGGAACCUAGGUCAGGCAAGAGGACGACGGGGCCGCCAAUCCAUGGCAAAGAGCAGCCGCCAGCCUACUCUUAUUCGCCUUAUUUGCAAUCUUUGCCUGCGAUGAAUGGCUUUGUCGCUCCAUAUCACUCGACCUCAUCACCCCGAGUUGCUCCAGCGCAUUACUCGACUGUAACGGCAACGUCACAAUCCAACAUCCGAGCACCCUCGCCCCUCGCUCCUUCAUGGAGUCCUUCGUACGUGACUGUUCACGGAGAUUCUAGAGCUCCUGGGUUCGCUUAUGCCCACGGCCUCCGCCACCAAAAGCCAACUUCACCCGCGCGGAUCACUAACCCAACGCUUAUUCGCACCUCCACACUGCAACAGUCAAGCAGCCUUAGUCAUCACACUCAGUCGUUCAACCCCUAUGCCAUGUAUCCCUCGAAGGCUGUCUUGAAGCUGAAUGGCAGCUUGGACUCGAUGACAGAAAGCUGGACUAAAGAGGAGCGCGAGUCCAAGCGGCGCUUGGUUCAAUUCACUCGUAUGCAAAGUGGGAGCACCAUCCAUGCGGACUUUAACCCAGUUACUCCUGAAGAUCGUGCUCCCAACAGUAUCUGCAUUAGUUGCAUCUACUGGGAUGGCAAAGAUGAAUGCUUCAUCACGAGUGUCGAUACCAUCUACCUCCUUGAGUCCCUUGUUGGUGUGAGAUUCACCGUGGAAGAGAAGAAUCGUAUCCGCAGGAACCUGGAAGGCUUCAGGCCACUUACUGUUUCGAAAUCAAAAGCCGAUAGCGAGGACUUCUUCAAGGUGAUCAUGGGAUUCCCUGCCCCGAAGCCGCGCAAUAUUGAGAAGGAUGUCAAGGUAUUCCCUUGGCGGAUACUCGGCCAUGCUCUAAAGAAGAUCAUUGGUAAAUACUCCGCAAGCUACUCCUCGACCGCUGGGGCCCUUCCCACACCCAUGAGCUCAACUUAUACCAGCAAUGGAGCUGCAUCGGACUCUGGCACCGAACCUCCGAACGCGGCAUCCCCACAGUCUGUCUCUGACACUGGUCCAUCAACUACCUAUGGUGCCCCUGUGGCAGCCGCAGCCUAUUCCCCUCCGGCACAUCACCCUGGGCAUUCCAUGGCCGGCACUCAUGCGCUACGAGCUGUGUUACCUGCUGUUAGCCAACCCUAUCAUCCUAUGCCUGCCCCAUAUUCUUAUCCAGCGGUCUGCCAACAACAGAGUCAACUUGGUCUCACUGCACCUGUUAGCAGAACUUGGGAGAUCAACCCUCUCAUCAACGCUCCUGGUACAAAUGGAGGCCCCACCUACAACUACUUGACCCCAAUGUCAUACUCCGUUCAAGACCCGUCUCAUUAA